AUGAAAGUGACCGUGUGUUUCGGGAGGACGCGGGUGGUCGUUCCGUGCGGGGAUGGGAAUAUCAGAGUCCGUAGCCUGGUCGAACAAGCGGCAAUGAGGUAUAAAAAGGCCAUUGCAAAGACCCAGCGGUUUUGCGAGUGUAAAUUCAGCUCAUCUGGUUUCAGUGAUAGUGAAAACCACUUGGAUAAAAAUGUGCAGGGCUUUCUGCACUGGGAACUUGGUACCAGUCUCUGUGUGGUCUUUGACUUGGACAGGGAAUUCAAUCUACUACAAAGACAGAUAGAAAAGAGAGCUGCUGUUGGGGCUUAUGACCCCAGCUACUGGGUUCAGGUGCACAGGCUGGAACAUGGAGAUGGAGGCAUCUUGGACCUUGAUGACAUGCUAUAUGAUGUUGUGGAUGACAAAGAUAGGGCUAUGGUCACUCUGCAGAUGGCAGAUAAUGACAGUGUUGUCCCCACUGGCUGGUUUCAUCUGGUCGCUGUAUACGAAGAGCAAGAUCCGCACAAUGGAGGCGACGGAACCAGCGCCAGCUCCACAGGAACCCAGAGUCCUGACCUCUUUGUCAGUGAGAUGAGUUCAACUUCGGCCUUCCAGCCCUACCAAGCCAACAGUGAGAUUGAGGUCACAGCAACUGCUCUACUCUCGAGGUGGGUAGCAAUUUUCAGAACAAACUGUCUCAAAGUGAAGAUGUUCAAGUUCUUCUCACGAUCACAUGUCCAACAGCCUCAGGUUGACAAAACCUGUCAGCUUCUGUACUAUGAGGACACCAAGAGGAAGGUGAGAGCUUUGCUGGUCCAGACGAAUCCCACCGAGAUAAUCCAGUUUGCUGGUCCACAACUCCUGGUAUCCAGAUGUACAGCCAUAAACCAAACCCAAGUGGUAGAGGAGCCCAUGCUUACCGGAGCCUACCUCGCAAUGCAAGUCACUGCCUUUAAAUACCUUAAAGGCCAGGCCGUGGAUAGGAAGAAGAAGAGCACAGAAAACAAGAAAGACGAAUUGAGCGAACAGAGCCAAUUGGGAGGGCUGACUCUUCACUGGAGGGUUCACCUGACCCAAGGCUUGCUUGUGAAGCGUUUGGAGGCUGGGGGCAAAGCUGAGAAAGAACAUCUCUUUCAGGAAAACGACUGCAUAGUCAAGAUUAAUCAUGAAGACAUUCGCAACCUACGCUUUGAACAAGCUCAGAACAUUUUCCGGCAGGCAAUGCGCACCCCGGUUAUCCUUUUCCACGUUGUUCCUGCAACCAUGAAGAGGCAGUAUGACAUACUUCACCAAGGCCCUCUGGCAGGAAGCACCCCAGAACCAAGUCGACGGCAUACCACUUUACCCCACGCUUUAAUCUCCAGGACCUGUUCUGCCCACUCUCCUUCCCUGCAGCGCAGGAUAAGCUCAAACCUGUCUAACAGCUCGUACCCAAAGAAAAAAGGGCACAGAUUCAACAUCCAGCUAAAGAAAGGCCCAGAGGGUCUUGGAUUCAGCAUCACGUCCAGAGAUGUCCCCAUUGGAGGAACUGCUCCCAUUUAUAUCAAAAACAUACUUCCUCGGGGAGCUGCCAUUCAAGAUGGUCGGUUGAAGGCUGGAGAUCGACUGCUGGAGGUUAGUGGAGUUGACCUCAGUGGAAAAAGCCAAGAGGAGGUGGUUGCCCUGCUUCGUGCCACACCCAUGGGUGGGAUUGUUAACAUGGUUGUAAUCCGCCAGGAGGACUCCAUAUUGCCCCGAGAAGUGCAUGGAGAGGAUGACAUGGUGUUAACCUUCGAUGGUACAAGAGAGUUCAUGACCUUUGAGAUCCCCCUGAAUGACUCAGGCUCAGCAGGAUUGGGUGUCAGUGUCAAGGGUAACCGGUCCAAGGAGGAUCAAGCUGAUUUAGGCAUCUUCGAUGGACGUCUACAUGUCAAUGACCAACUCAUUGCUGUCAACGGGGAGUCAUUGAUUGGGAUGACUAACCAGGAUGCCAUGGAAGCGCUGCGCAAAUCCAUGUCAAUAGAAGGCAACAAACGUGGGAUGAUUCAGCUUAUCGUGGCUCGAAGGGUGGCCAAAGACAAUGAGAUGGCCCGAACCAGCCCUCAUCCUAUUAACUAUGUCCUGGACAGCAAUGAGCGACGGAUCUCCCAGUCUCUAUAUGAAACAACUGGGGGCUCGGACAGCAACCUUGCACCACGAACAAACAAUAUUACAGUUGCUGGUCAUUAUCAAUUCUCUCCAACUGUGAACAUGCCCAAAGAUGACACAGUAAUGAUCGAAGAUGACGGUCCACCUUUGCUUCCAGCUAACCUCUCUAUCAACCCGCUAAGUCCAGAUGAAGACCCCGAUGUUGAAUUCCAGAGAGAAGGCUUUGGCCGCCAAAGUAUGUCAGAAAAGCGCAUCAAGCAGUAUGAAAAUGCUGCUCAGCUUGAGAUAAUCAAGUCCCGCAAGUCCAAAAGCAUGGAUCUAGGUUCUGCAGAGCAAGAAGUUGGACCGUUACAGGGUCAGAAAAGGUCAAGUUCCCUUGAGAGUCUUCAGGCGGCUGUUACCGAAACAUCACAGAAAGUUGAGAUAGAUGCCCACAUGCUGCACUCACUGGAUGAGGAUACGGAGGGAAGCUCCCGAUCAGGGCGUGAAUCUAUGUCCACUAGCGGCGAUCUCAGUGUUGGUGCUGGGCUGACUGGCAACCUCUCCAUAGAUGAUAGUGCAAGAAAUGGUGCCAAGCCUGGAUUGAAGGAAAAGCAGAAAAUGGAACGGGAGAAAUACAAGGACAAAAACAAAAGCAAGAAGAAUGUGCUGAAGGGCCUGGGAGAAAUAUUCAGUUAUGCUCCCCCGCCCUUCCCUCGCCCUCCUAUCCUCCAGCACCCCGAGAGUCCUCAUCUGCUUGCUCCUCCCCACAAAUGUGGGCCACUCAUGGCUGCACUGGGAGAUGUGGGAGGACAGGGUGUUGAGCGGAGACUAAGGACUGAGUCCAAUCAAAAGCCCCACCUCACCUUCUUGGAAGGAAAUCAGCUGGUUCGGUUUGGAAAGAACCGUAGGGAUGAGCAUCCAGAUGACAACGUGGAGAGGAAAAACUCCACUAAAUAUAAUGUGGAGGAUGCGGAAGCAACAGAAAAGGAUACAGUGCGAAUGAGGCUGGAACAAGAGAGAAUACAGGCCAAGACACGGGAACUUCGGGACAGACAAGCUAAGGAGAGAGAAUAUGCUGAGAUCCAAGAUGUUGCCAGCCCCACAUUCAGCUCUGACGAGGACCAUACUUACGCUGGCAUUGGAUCAUUGGAUUCGUCUGUAGACAGCAGCUGCAUGGAUGCUGACAACCACCACUACCAUCUCCCUCAAAGUCCUCAGAACCACCAUGUUUCUUUAAAUCUCGAAGGCAAUGGCCCACCCCUAGAGGCCCUGUAUGCACAAGUCAACAAACCUCGCAAUGGACGUCCAGCAGUUACAGAAAGUGCCAGCUGGGGCCCCAAGAAGGUCAGGGAACAGCAUGAGGACAGGCUUAUCUCCAUGUUGGUUCUGGCUUCCAUAUGGCAGCAGACAAUAGGAAAGGGCCUUGGCCCUGGACACAUCAGCAUGGCACAGUCCCCAAAGGCUGUGCUUUUCCCCAAAAAAAAGCCUAUCGGCAGUCAGAUGGUUCCCAGCAACCAUGACCGGAUACAGAGGUUGAGGAACGAGUUUCAGCAGGCCAAGCAUGAGGUGGACCCUGAGGAUCAUCAGCAGAUAUAUGGCAUUGACCAGUCCUGGGUGACUAGUGGCACCGAGACACAGAGUGGACGUCAUUCUGCUACUGUUGAAACUCAGUUUCAGAUGCAUCAGCAAGAAGACAGCAAUGGUUUUCAACAAACUCAGAGACUGUACAAUUCUCUGCCACGGCAACCUCGAAAGAGCAACAGCACACUGUCCAAGGACUCAAGGGACAGAUUGUAUGCACAAACUGAGGGACUCCAAUCAUCCAAAGACAACUUUCACUACUCUGCAAGCCAGGGAUCUCGUAAUGGUUACCUGGGAACACCAAACUUUAACGCUCGUGUCCUUCUCGAGACCCAGGAGUUGCUGAGACAAGAACAAAGGCGCAAAGAGCAGGAAGUCAACAGAGCCAGCCAUUCUCCUUUACAGGAAAUCUCUGAUAGCACGAAUGACCAUAUCAGAGACCACAGUGAAGGACCAGAUAUGGCACCCAGGAGAGAGGAUUGGCUUCAGAAUGAAACAGCUGUCAAGAAUCUCCAACGUCUCUGUGAGCUUUUUUCCCUCUUUGUUCUGCCUGACCCCUCCCCAUCUCCCAGUUCCACAGAAACAGAGAGGGAGCUGUGCAAAAUCCUUAUCUCCGCUCUUGUCUCGGCUGAAAUCCGCCCUUGGAAGGUAGCAACUCCUGAGGAAAACAGAGUGGCGCAGCAGAGUACAGGGAAAAUGGAGACAGUGGGUCUGAAAACAGAAGAGAGGAAAGCAGGCGUGUGCAAUGGCCCAGCUAAAGGCCAUCGAUUCCGACACUCUUUCUGGCUAAUAUCAAUGGUAAAAAAGUGGACUUAUUAUGGAUAUUGA